AAGAAACUGCCAAAUAUGGGAAAACCAAAACACCGAGUUGUUAGCUAGCUGUGCUUCGCUCCAAACUGGGUAUAGGAUCUAGUUUGUAUAUUUUGACAAGCUAAUUAAUUUGUUUAGUUAAAAACAGGAGACGAUUGUUGCACCUUGGUUUCUACCCGAAUAGCAUAAUACCGAGUGAAGAUAACUAACUUUGCGCCCUGCUUCCAUGCAACAGAGCUACUAUCUUGACUUUUAAGAGAGUUAAUCCAAAAGGAGCUCAGCAAAGAUGUCAAUGGAGUGCCCCCUGUCACUUCCACCACCACCUCCUCCUGGUCCACCACCACCACCUCCUCCACCUGCUCCUGGUCCACCACCUCCUCCAGCCUCAACACCCAGGAAGAAGCUGUAUCAGACUAUAGCCAGUAGCAGGAGUCCUGUGGAGGGGAACCACACAGAGGCCCGCUUACUGCUCAGUCAGAGGGAGAGCAGUUUUAGGAAGGACCUGCAGUGGAUACUGGUGAACAAGUAUGUGCCCUCCCUCAUCCAAGAUGGUCCACAGUGCGGUCUGGUGGCUUUGUGGAUGUCCGCUCACCUUCGACAGCCCCAGAGUGUUGACUUGGAAGCUGUUGUUCAGAUGGCACUGAGCAGGGGAUACACGGCACAGGGUGAAAUGUUCUCAGCUGACAACAUGGCCCUGCUGGCAGAGGAGGUUUGUGACUGCAAGGCAGAACUGCUGUCUGGGGGUUUAAGUGGUAAUAAUGCUGCAACCAUCAUCGCACACCUGUGGGGGAGACAGCCUGUUCUCAUCCCAUAUGAUGAGGACUACAACCAUGAGCCGUGCCAGCGGAGCGGCCACAGGGCGCACUGGGCUGUCGCUUCAGGUGUCCUCCUCGGUCUGGAGCCGGGGAGCGUGAGCAAAGAGCACACUCAGCCCGAUCCCACGCUGCCCUGGCUCUGCCUCGCCGUGGACAGCAGCUCUCCCUGUCCUGUUAGUAACGCGGCGGUCAAAGAGGUUUACGUCCUGGCCAAGCAGGGUAAAAGCCUGCGCUACCAGCUAUGGAAUUUGGACAGCGUAGCUCAGAGCAACGAGCAGCUGAGGACGAUGGACCCUCAGAGAGCAAAGGACGGGACUCAGUAUGUGGUUCCUCAGGGAGGGGUGCAAGCCGGGCUGGCCGGACAGGCGGUGUUGCUCCACACAAGGACACGGGAGAAGUAAAAGUUAUGCAGAAUACUGCUGAGAGGGAUCCCAGUGCACUCUCAUGGUACAGUGUGAUCAAUAUCACAGUUGUUGUUUUAAACAAUAUGAUGUCUGCAUAACUGCAUAACAUAAUCGGCAUAACAAAAGGGCUUCAAAGUGUUGUGAAUCUUCACAUUAUGGUAAUGACACUUUAUGUGCUACAAGCAGUGUAUUAUCAAAGAUGCUGGAUUUGCAGUGUCGUUUCAUCAAUGGAAAAGCAUAUUUAAUUUAUAAGUAUUAAAUGUAAUUAACUAAUUCACUGGAUAAACCAGAAGCCACAUUUAUUAUCUUAACAUUUCUUUUAUAAUGACUUUCAAAACAAUACACUGCAUACAUGCAUGUAAUCCUGCGCCAGAUCCUUUUAUAACUUUUAUUUAUGUAGAAUUAUAUUUUUGUCCUGCAGGUUUAUAUUGUGAUGCAUCUUCAUUCACCUCUUGGGGCUCAAUACAUCACUGACUGAGUGGAAUAUAUUUAUACAAUAAAUUCUUGAUUUAA